AUAUCACAACAACCAAAAGAAAAAUUAAAUAAAAAACAACCAUGGCAACUUCAUCUACCAUACUCUCAUCUUCUCUCCUCCACACUAGGGUUCUAACAGCAAAUCGUCAAACCCAGCAACUCUGCCCAGCUCCCAGGAGGCGUGCCAGCUCCUUCACAGUUCAAGCUGCCAAGCUUCCUGCUGGGGUGGUGGUGCCAAAAGUAGAGCCAAAGUUUAAGGCCCCUUUUGCUGGAUUCACCAGGACUGCAGAAAUAUGGAAUUCUAGAGCAUGUAUGAUCGGACUUAUUGGAACCUUCAUAGUGGAACUGAUAUUGAACAAGGGAAUACUGCAGUUGAUUGGAGUGGAGAUUGGAAAAGGACUAGAUAUUCCUCUGUGAUCGUUCAAUUUGGGUAUUUACUUAAAAAGUAAGAUGCGGUCUUUUUUGCAACAAGACCUAAACUCAAGGUUCUAAAAAAUGAUAGGCCGCUAAUCGGGCAGAGGGCUAUAGCCUAACGCCUAGGCGGGGCUUAGGCGGGUGCUUAGGCGGGGCUUAAGCGGGUGCCUAGGCGGAUUUAAGUGAAUCUAAUAUAUUUUGUGUAAAUAAA